GCCUUAGCAGCCAUGGGUGACGGAACGCCUGCCAUGGGGAAGCGCCACAAGAAGACGCAUGGCCUUUGCCCUCGCUGCGGGAAGCGCUCGUACCAUCUGCAGAACAAGAAGUGUGCUGCCUGUGGGUACCCGGCAGCCAAGAUCCGAUCCUACGAGUGGUCCAAGAAGUCGAAGCGCAGACGCGCCCCGGGCACUGGCCGCAUGAAGUAUGUCAAGCACAUCGCACGCCGCUUCAAGAAUGGGUUCCGCGAGGGUGGUGCUGCACCGCCCAAGAAGAAGGCUGCCAAGGCCAACUGA